CCCCCCCACCCCUCUUCUCUCUCCCGCAUGAGGUACGCUCCCUCUCAUUCCCCAUCCAUCCGCCAUUAAAACCCUAAUCCCAAGCUCCGCUUAUGGCUCCGCUUCUCCAGAAGCUCUCCUUCCUCCUCCGCACCUCUUCCUCCUCUUUCCACCUCCUCCGAUCCCUUCUCCUGUCCACGGCAACAGCUUCGAAGAAGGCCCAAAACCCUUACGCUCCCGAGUCCCAUUUCAUGGUCGAUUACCUCGUCUCCUCCAUUGGGCUCUCCCGGGACCAAGCCAUUAAGGCCUCCAAGGGCCUCGCCCACCUCCGAUCCCCCGAUCGCCCCGACGCCGUCGUUGGCUUCCUCAAGCGCACCGGAUUAUCCGACGCCCACAUCAAAAGCCUAAUCUCCUGGCACCCCAAAUUGCUUUGCGCCAACACGGAGAAGACCCUCGAGCGCCGCGCUAAGGAGCUCGAGGAGGGCGGCUUCUCCGGGCCGCUGCUCGUCCAGGUCGUCCGGUCCAACCCUUUUGCUUUCACCAUCAAUGGCGUCCUCCAAAGGCUCCAGUUUUGGAAAGAGUUCGUCGGCGGCGACAACACGGUUUUCUCUAAGGUUGUGAGAAGAAAUAGGAUGCUUAUUAACUAUGAUAUCGAAAGGAAGGUUGUUCCUAAUAUUACUCUUCUGAGAAACUACGGAUUGUCCGACAAGGAUAUCACGCUGGUGAUGAUGAGGGUGAACGGGUUCAUACUCCGCUCGCCGAUCUCGAUUAAGCAUCUGCUGAAGCAAACAGAGGAUUUGGGCUUCUCCCCUGAGUCGAAGAUGUUCGUGCAAGCUCUGUCAGUGGUGGCCAUGAUUAAAAGUACGACAUUGCAGAAGAAGAUCGAGCUUUUCAAGAGCUUUGGGUGGUCUAAAGAUGAGGUUCAUAAGGCAUUUCGGAAGUGCCCGAAUGUGCUCUCGCUCGCGGAGGAGAAUGUGAGGUUGAAAAUGGAUUUCUUGCUGGGGAAAGCAGGCUGCCUGCCGGUGUAUAUCAAAGAGAGGCCGAUGCUUCUUGCCUACAGUUUGGAGAAGAGGCUGGUGCCUCGGCAUCAUGUGAUGAGUAUCCUCAAGGAGAAGGGGAUUGGAAAGUAUUUUAGCUUUUAUAGUGUCGUUGGUUUACCCGAGAAAAACUUUGUUGAGAAGUUUAUUAGGCGCAAUGAGAAAGGAAUGCCAGGUCUUGACAAGGUCUAUGCUGCUGCUUGCGCCGGAGUGAUACCCACUUAGUGGUCUCGAAGUUUCUGAAUGAAGUAUGGUGCUUUUCUACGUAAACGGCAAGAUCAUGAGCUCUUGUUUAAAUUUUAAUGCUCAAUUUGCACCUGGUUGUGGAGAGUACCUUCAUUAUGCUUGGAGGAAUUGUAAAAACUUCACUAAGUCAAGGCAUCGAUAUUUCUCAUGACCAUGAUUUCUAUUCUUUCAUGGUUUUGUUUAGAUUCUGAAUUUUCCUUUAAGGUCCAAUCUGUUUUGUGGUAGCAAGUAUGUAAUAUUUAUUCGAUCCCAAGUUCAAGCCUCUUAUCAGCAUGUCUUAUCUUAUAAGGCGCUUACAGAGCUACACGAGUGUUCAUAAUUUGCUGGGAGAUUAUCAGAGAGAGUUUGUCAUUCCCCUGGUUUGGUUGCUUCUAAAACAGCUAAUAGUUUGCUUCUCUAAUAGGUUGUUUGAGUUCAUCUGAGUUGUAUUAAGCAGGAUAGUUUUACGUGAUCCAUAGCUAAUGUAGGAAUUGUUUAGUCUACUGUUUUAGUCUAGUAUUACGAUAUAUGAUUCUUUUCUUGAUUCAUCAAUUUGUAGCGCUAGCAACUCUCCUUUGUUAUUGUUAUUUGCGUGUGGUUUCAAGUUGGAUUCAAUUUGCAUUGUAAUUUUUAGUUUUGUUAAUGUCUUCGUACUUACACCAUGCCACCACGUCUUAGCUAGUGUCGGUUGAAAGACUGACCAGCUAAGUCGCUAACCUUCUGCACAUCGGAGAUUAACAGACUUUGGAAUUUGAUGGACAACUUGAGUUCUAAUGUGUAUUUAGUUGGAUCAGAAGGGAAGAUAAUUUUAUCAACCCCAAAAUGGAACUAAAAGUCAGGUACACCUUACGAUUCUCUCCAUCUUUUACCUACGGCCCCUUUCAUUUCAGUUUCAAACUUGUUACAAUGUGUUAAAUUAGUAUAACUUUUCAUUUUUACAUAUUAAGUUUCACAUAUCUUAUCGAGUACAAUACGAUAAUUGUGUAUGAGAUUAUAGUUGUUUUGUUUUUUUUUUGUGCCUUUUCUUCUUUUCUUUGCACUUCCAUGAAAUUUUUUUUGUCUUUCCAAUUAUUCAUGUUUGAAAAACCAAUUUGGCGCAGCAUUUUUUACCCUUCUCUUUAGUGAUUAAUUGCUGUCUUUUUCACUAGCUCCUCCAAAUGCAGCUAACCUUAAAUGUAGCCGUGUUUUGUCCCUAUAAAUUGUUUCUCUAAUGCAGUUUUUACAACAUUACUGUAAAGCACCUGAAUCUAUUUAUGAUGUUUACAGGCCCCAAGUUAUUUUGUUAGUGUCCAUUGACAAGAAUGGUGCAAAGAAUGCUUACCUUUUAAUAAAAACUUAGAACUGUGAUGACCUCUCUGGUAAGUUAUUUCCACUGGGGUUGUUGAUUUAAUCAUUUGGGAUUUAAUUAUUUGGAAAUUGUAGGUUUUCUUCAUGGCUUAUCUGUAACAAUGAGAAAUAAGCAUGACAAAUUGCAACCAAGAUGUAGAUGCAACAUUAAUAACACUGUUAAGCAGAAUCAAUCGAACAGAACAUAUGCCUCCUUUACUUGCUGCAAGCUGUUUUCUUUUUCUUUGCUGCAUUUUAGUGGCGUUUUUUUAUAAUAAUUUUAUUCCUUCGAAGUUUGAGAGAGAUUUCCACGCCUGAAUGGAUGACAAAGAUGGACUUAAUUCAUCAUUUGUAGGUGGAUGCUUGUUGGUGUGUUGUGGAGAAAAUCCAACAUUGUAUAAGAGGGUGUGCCAUCACUACCUGUCGAUUAUAGAUUAAAACCUUUCACAAGGAAAUUCUUGUUGCAAUUGUAAUUUGGGGGUCCCAGGCUUCCCCACUACAAAGGAUCAAAAUAUACCCGCGGUGUUGGCAUCAAUGGUAAAAUUUUCUCAGUACCUGUGAUUGUAUAGAAAACUAAUAACUUUGGGCACCUGCAAAAUCGAACAUUUUAGCCUCAAUUUGGCAAAAAUCAAAAGCGAGUCCGUAUUUCGCCGAAGUUGAGUUCAUUAUAAGCUCACUGUUGGCUCUAACCCAUGGGCAUUUGGCAAGUCUUAUAGAUCAGCUUGGUAUCAAGGGCCGGAUAAUGCUUGUGCGCAAAAAAAAGGUGUUGGAACUACAGAAAUUAUACUUCAAAAGAGUAAUUGCCGGUAUGUGUGAAGGUAUGUUUUUCUAUCAUAUUUUGUUGCUGUCCAUAAUGCAGUUUACUCGUAAUCGAAAGGAAAGCCUAUAUCUCUCCAUUGCAGCCUGAUUUUCAGGAACUCUCCGAGCAGAUCUCAGAUGUGUUCAUAUCAAUGAAAGGGGCGACUCAUUAUUUUGAUUAAUGAUUUCUUCGGACGUAAAGAAGAUUCUGUAAAUACUUACUCCAAAUCUCGCUUUUCAGGAUCUGAUGCAGGAGAAUUUUUGGAAGGAUUUUCUUCGCAACUCUGGUCAGGCCAUUUGGUCUCAGUCGCAGUUUCUUUGUUUUUGAUUCAGCCCAGCCUGGAAUUCUGUUGUUCGACUCGGUAAAUUUUAAUUUAGGUUGGAUGUAAAAGCAUAUAUAUGCCGGCCUUGGGCUCAAAACCCGGCCUUGCCCGAAAUUGGUUCAUCGCGUCUUUUAAUGUCGUGCUAUUGAAAAUGUUAUUGUAUUAAAACCCUUUUAACAUAAUUUCUCUAUAAUAAAAAUAAAAAUUCUAAAUUA